AUGAAGUUCACUAACUGGUCCCUCUGCUCCCUCCUCCUCUGCUCCGUUGUCCCGGCCCCUCUGCUCCCUCCUCCUCUGGUCCGUCCCCUUGGUCCCUCUGCUCCCUCCUCCUGGUCCCUCUGCUCCCUCCUCCUCUGGUCCGUCCCCUUGGUCCCUCUGCUCCCUCCUCCUGGCCCCUCUGCUCCGUCCCCUUGGUCCCUCUGCUCCCUCCUCCUGGUCCCUCUGCUCCCUCCUCCUCUGCUCCGUCCCCUUGGUCCCUCUGCUCCCUCCUCCUGGUCCCUCUUCUCCUUAUCUCGACUCCUUAUCCCUGCUCUCUCCUCCUCGUCCCUCUGCUCCCUCUUUCUGGUCCCUCUGCUCCCUCUCCCUGGUCCCUCUGCUCCUUCCUCCUGGUCCCUCUGCUCCCUCAGCGCCCUCAUCCUGGUCUCUCUGCUCCCUCCUCCUGGUCCCCCUGCUCCCUCCCCCUGCUCCCUCUGCUCCCUCCUCCUCUGCUCCGUCGUCCUGGCCCCUCUGCUCCCUCCCCUUGGUCCCUCUGCUCCCUCCUUCUGGUCCCUCUUCUCCUUAUCUCGACUCCUGGUCCCUCUGCUCCCUCUCUCUGGUCCCUCUGCUCCCUCCUCCUGGUCCCUCUGCUCCCUCUCUCUGGUCCCUCUGCUCCCUCCUCCUGGUCCCUCUGCUCCUUCCUCCUGGUCCCUCUGCUCCCUCCUCCUGGUGUCUCUGCUCCCUCUGCUCCCUCCUCCUCUACUCCCUCCUCCUGGUCCUUCUGCUCCUUAUCUCGGCUCCUUGUCUCUGCUCCCUCUCCCUGGUGCCUCUGCUCCCUCCUCCUAG